CCCUGGUGGUGGAUGACGUCAAAUUCAAGAUGGAUGGAAUCACGACCAGUACGCAGAAACCGACACAACACUGAAUAAAGUCCAGGUUGUUUCGCUGAAAGAACUUAAUCACGAAGGCCGGAAAUGGAGAGCCUGGUGCACUACAGUUAUCCUACCCAUGCCCUCUCGGUGCUAGGGCUACUCAAUGAACAGCGUCUCCGAGGGCACAUGUGUGAUGUGGUGCUAAUUGUGGCUGAUCAGCGAUACCAAGCCCACAAAAGUGUUCUGGCUGCCAGUAGCGAAUAUUUCCAGUCCCUUUUUACCAGGAUGGAUGACGCCUCACUGAAGGUUGUAAACCUGGACUUCUGUGAACCUGAUGCCUUCGAGAUCGUUCUGAAUUACAUUUACUCUUCUUCGCUCUUUGUGGAAAAAAGCAGUAUUUCAGCGAUCCAAGAGCUGGGCUAUACCUUGGGGAUCCCCUUCCUAACCAACAUAGUGUCCACAAGGCCGCACGCAUCAUAUUGCGUCUCUAGGAAAAGGCUCUCGUAUACAGAAGGGGAUGACAAUGAUGUCCAGACAAGGAGUGUCAUUGUUUGUCGUGUGCGGAAUGACACUCCUGAAUCCGCUUGUGCAAAUUUUCAGGCUAAGACACCAGAAAGCUCGUCAUCUCUUAUCACAACUGAGUUGACUCAGCCACCAUCAGAACUUAACUCCUGUGACUCAGCCAGAAACUCUGAACAACUCUCUAAAAAUUCACCAGAACACAGUGAAUCUUCCACAAAGAGAUCCACCCAUCCAUAUGCAUCCAUUUUAAAAGGGAAUCCCUCAUGCAUCUCUUUUAGGCCCCAGCUGAAAACAUCAGCAUCAUUCAGUGAUGCUGAAGUCCAACAUAUUACACUGCCAUCUUAUUCAGAACAAAACAUGAAACUGGAUUCAGGGGAGCAGGAGCCUCAGUACUGCACAAAAGUCGCUUAUCAGGGUCCGGCAUCUGAGCUGAGCCAGACUAUUGACCGGAGCGGGCCACUCAUAAAAAGCUUACUUAGAAGAUCGUUAUCUAUGGACAGCCCCGUUCCAGUCUUCUCACCCACACUGGAGCUUAAAGAGCUGCAAAAUCACGAACAAUCAGUCGGUAAAAUGGCAUCCAAACUUUCGGAUUCCAAAAUAUCUGCCCGCAAUGGUAACUCGAGACGUUCUCCGAUUAUUCUCAAGUCAAAGUACCACAAUAGAUGUGAUGGACAAACUCAGGUAGAAAGAGAGCAGGUUGUGAAAGUGGAACCCAGCAGUCCACUCGCAGACCCGUUAGAUAUUGUUCGAAUCACAGUUGAAGAAGGUUUGCCGGUUAAUCUUAAGAAUUUGCAAACAAAUUAUGAACCAUGUUCCAAGGUUAGCUUAAUCCCUUUCGGGAAACGGAAGGAAAGGUCAGAUAACAGACGGUACCCCUUCAAAAAGAACAAAAUAAUUAGGGAACAAGCUGUCUCCCCUGAAGAAAACGCAUCUGAAGUAGUCUCUCUCAGCACCAGUGACGAUAAUGAGAACAAUCAGGAGUCGUCACCAAGCAAGAUUUUUACAUGCUGGAACUGUUUCAAGGUUUUCAGAUCCAGCGCUGGACUACAUCGACAUGUAAAUAUGUACCACAACCCAGAAAAGCCGUACGCUUGUGACAUCUGCCACAAGCGCUUCCAUACCAACUUCAAAGUGUGGACACACUGUCAAACUCAGCAUGGUGUCCUUCAGAACCCAGCAUCAUCCUCCAGCUCCCCGGUGAUGGAUGAUCGAUUCCAAAAGAAACUUAUAGACAUCGUGCGAGAGCGGGAAAUAAAGAAAGCUUUGCUCUGGAAGCUGAAAAGGAACAAACAAGCUUUGCAGUCUUCCACCCUCUGCAAAAAACGAUCAAGGUCCAACUUUGUAUGUCCCUAUUGUGGGAAAGCUUUUGUCUUUCAGUCUCAGUACAGACAGCAUUUAAGGACACAUCCUGCAGAAAAAGCUGACAAGGACACUGUAGGGGAGAACAUCCUCUACCAGGAACAGGAUGAGGUGAUUCACCAGAAUAAUUCUGAUGCUGGUGUCUACGCAUGUAGACUCUGCAAUAUGAAGUUGCCUUCACUCAUCGAGCAGUGUGAUCAUGAGAGGGGCUGCCGGAAUUCCACAGUAUGCCCGUACUGCGGCCUUAAAUUCUCAAGUGCAACAGUCAAGAAAGACCACGAGGUGCACUGCAAAUACAAAAAACUGACGUGCCUGGAAUGCAUGAGAACCUUCAAGACCUCCUUCAGCAUCUGGCGCCACCAGGUAGAGGUGCACAACAACAACAUGAUGAAUAUGAAGGAACAGAUGAGUCUGAGGCAGCAAGAGCACAAUGAAGGAAUGUCGGAAAUGUUCAUAGAGGAGCAUUACAACAACGAAACACUUGCGAGUGACAGCAAUAUUUACAAUGACUCUUCAGGCACACAUAUGUAUGAUUCGGAGGACUCUUCGUCGUAUAUGCCCGAGGACCUUAGCAUGGGCCGUCUUGGGAAACUAGUGGUGAAAGAAGAGCCGUUGGAGGAGGCCGUGAGCGAGCGAGAAGAAACUGAGACGAGCCAGAAUCUGGAAGAACCUGGCGUUUGGCCUUGCGAGAAAUGCGGAAGUCUCUUCAGCUCUCGCAAAGAUCUGGAACGACACCAGGAGCUCCUGUGCCACAUCAAACCCUUCAUUUGCCACAUUUGCAACAAAGCCUUCAGGACCAACUUCCGCCUUUGGAGCCACUUUCAGUCGCACAUGUCGAACGCAAGUGAACACUCAGCCAAAGAGAUGGACGGGAACCCCCCGCCUCCGUCACCCUCCCCUCCCACGUCCGCUCAAAACUCUGAACGGCGCUCUCCGCAAGCCUCGUUGCUCACCCAGGCGCAACCAGUCGGGGUGGCAGUGGCUGACGAAUCCAGCAGCCCUGAGCCUUCCAUGUCAGCGAUAAACAAUGCCAAGAUCCACGCUCAGCACGAGCAGCGACCUCGUAGCCGUAGUCCGGCGUCAAGGUCAAAUAGCGCAGAGAAUUCAAGCGGGGCUCAGGAUUCAGAGACCCUCUUUUACCACGCACCUUCUCUCUCUGCCUUGACCUUCAAGAGGCAAUACAUGUGUAAACUCUGUCAUAGGACUUUCAAGACAGCUUUCAGUCUCUGGAGCCAUGAGCAAAGUCACGGCCACGUGUAAGCAUCUGGCAGGUUUUCGCAAUGCAUUUUCUCUUGAGGGUUCACACUCAAUCGCAACAGUUACCAAGCCUGCAAAAUGCAGACUUUGAAUGUAUAGCUAACUCGCAUGCCUCCGGUGUCCUAUUUUGAAGGGAAAGACAAUAGCUAGUAUCUAAUGACCUUCAUGUAUAAGACGGUUAAUGUUUGAACACAAAAAAAUGACUGAAUGAUGUCAGUUAUACCCCACACACACACUGAUAGACAGGUUAUAAAGGGUAUUAAUGAUGUCACGAGAAAGGGCAGGCAGUAUGGGAUAAUCACAUUUGAUUGGCUAAAAUAAACAAGCAUUGAUAAAAUGGAAAUUGGAAAUAUUCGCUUUGAUUAACAUUUUAGCCACGAUUACACAUCAGAAAAAAUAAGUUUUAUUGUUUUUUUGGGGGGGGUGGGAUGCACAUGAUUAAGGUAUUAUCUUUCCCUUCAAGACUGUGAUGUUCAUUCGGGUAUUAACAGACUGAGUAUACGUAUGGGCCACACUAAAAAGCAAAAUAAGAUAAAAGGUGAUAUUUUUUUCUUAAGAACAAGAUUUUUUUCCAUCAUGGAAAAAAAAAUUUAACACGAAUUUCAAAAUUUCCACACACAUUGUGUAAUUUAGAAAGGGAGCUGCCAUAAAUUUGUCAUCGACUUCCACUAGAUGCUAAAAACACUCCUGGUAAAAUGAAUGAUUUUAGAGUUGUGUAUUUAUUGCAUUACUAUUUUAUUCUCCUCGAUUCAUUUUUUCCCCUUUUUAGUGUGACCCUAACACUCGUUGUAUAAACAUGAAUGUGCAAAGGUUGCUAGAUAUUUUUAGGGUUUUGAAAUUGGAUUAGUUCAAUUCAAAAUCAUGUUAAACUUAUCAUAGUUGCCUAUUUGUAUUUACAUACACCUAUAGGUGUUUUAGGAGAACAAGUUAUGGAGUUGUAACCCAUGUUACUUCAAUCAGUAAGGAAAACGGUAUGAUUACAUGAAUUGUUUUCUGCAUAAAUGCUUUGAUAGCUGCUGUUUAUAGGUUAGUGCUUUUGCUGUUGUAUCAGAGUUGUUUUUUGGUGUGAUAACCCUUAAAGAUUCUUCACGCCUCAUGCACUUUUUUUGCCUUCAUAUAAAUAGGAAGAUGUCAAAAUGUUUUAAACUGGUUCAAUUGUACAGUUGUGACUUUUAAGACUGAUGCAUGCAUCUAAUUGCUUUGUUCACAAUGAAUUUGUUGCAUUCACUUUGUUAGUACCUUAAUUUAGCACAUGGCAUAUAAUAUACAGUGGUAUGAAAAAGUAUCUGAACCUUUUGGAAUUUCUAACAUUUCUGCAAAAAAUCACCAUUAAAUGUGAUCUGAUCUUUGUCAAAAUCACACAGAUGAAAAAAUUGAUUAACUAAAACUAGUGAUGCAUAAUACAUUUUUCAACUGAUAUCGAUAACCGAUCAUUUCCUGCCCCUUCCACCCGAUAACCGAUAAUAACACGCCGAUAAUUCUAUUCAAAUAUGUAUGUAAAAUAUUAAGUAUACAAAGAUCAAGGGUUACUGUGCAAAAAUGUAAUUUAGUGCUAUUUUUUUCCACAUCAAAUGCGAACAAGUAGUAAAUUCCAACAUCUAAACAAUGGCAAUGACAUUGUGUAAUGGUAAGCUUUUGGCAACAAUUACUUGGAGACUAAACACCCAAGUUGCACAAAAUGCCUUUAAAAGUAAGCCAUUCCUAGCAUAUAUCACAUUACUACACUGCAAAAACACCUCCUUAAAACUAGCAGAAUUGGACAAAACUGGUGAUUGCGCAUAUUUAUAGGCUAAAUCAAGUAUACAAUUAUCGGAUUGCAUUAUCAGUUGAAUUCAGUUUUAUCUGGAUUAUCUGUGUGACGUCAUAAUUGCCAUUAUCGGCCGAUAAUUAUCGGUGACCGAUAUUAUCGUGCAUCUCUAAAACCACCCAAACAUUUGUAGGUUUUCAUAUUUUAAUGAGGAUAGUAUGCAAACAAUGACAGAACGGGGAAAAAUAGGUUAAGUGAACCAUCACAUUUAAUAUUUUGUGGCCUUCGCUUUGGCAGCAAUAACUUCAACCAGACACUUCCUGUAGCUGCAGAUUAGUCUGGCACAUCGAUCAGGGCUAAUCUUGGCCUAUUCUUCUCGACAAAACUGCUGUAGUUAAGUCAGAUUCCUGGGAUGUCUGGCAUGAAUCGCUGUCUUUAGGCCAUGCCACAGCAUCUCAAUGGGGUUCAAGUCUGAAAUUUGACUUGGCCACUCCAGAACGUGUAUUUUGUUCUUCUGAAACCAUUGUGAAGUUGAUUUACUUCUGUGUUUUGGAUCAUUCUUGUUGCAGCAUCCAUCCUCUUUUUAACUUCAACUGUCAGACAGCCUCAGGUUUUCCUACAAAACAUCCCGAUAAACUUUUGAAUUGAUUCUUCCAUUAAUGAUUGCAAGUUUUUCAGGCUCUGAAGUAGCAAAACAGCCCCAAAUCAUGAUGCUCCCUCCACCAUGCUUCACGGUGGGGAUGAGGUGUUUAUGUCGUUGAGCUAUUCCAUUUUUCCUCCAAACAUGACGUUGUGCGUUACUCCCAAACAAUUCAACUUUGGUUUCAUCAGUCCACAAAAUAUUUUGCCAAAACUUCUGUGGAGUGUCCAAGUGCCUUUUUGCGAACAUUAAACUAGCAACAGUUUUUUUUUUUUUUUUUUUUGGACAGCAGUAGCUUCCUCCGUGGAGUCCUCCCAUGAACACCAUUUUUGGCUAUAGUUUUGCAUAUAGUUGAUGUCUGCACAGAGAUAUUUGACGGUGCCAGUGAGUUCUGUAAGUCUUUAGCAGACAAUCUGGGGUUCCUUUUUACCUCCCUGAGUAUUCUGUGCUGAACUCUUGGCGUCAUCAAUGGUGGACGGCCACUCCUUGGGAAAGAAGCAACAAUGCCAAACUCCAUUUGUAGACAACUUCUCUGACUGUUGAUUGAUGAACGUCCAGACUUUUAGAAAUGUUUUUCUUUAUCCUCUCCCAGCUUUAUACAAAUCAACAAUCCUGGAUCGCAGGUCUUCAGACAGCUCUUUUGACUGAGCCAUAAUGCACAUCAGACAAUGUAUCUAAUCAAGACAAUUCCUACCAGGUGUGUGUUUUAUAGUGUGCAGGGCAGCUUUAAACCACUCAUCAGUGAUUGGGCACACGCCUGACUUAAAUUGUUUGGUAAAAAUUGGUUUCACUUAUUUUCCCCCUUCUGUCAUUGCAUGCUAUCUUCAUAAAAAUAUGAACACCUAUAAAUGUUUGGGUGGUUUUAGUUAACGCAGACACUGUUUUUACAUCUGUGUGAUUUUGACAAAUAUCAAAUCACAUUUAAUAGUGAUUUAAUGCAGAAACCAAAAGGUUCAGGUACUUUUUCAUCCCACUGUACAUACAACAAAAGAUCUCAGGUUGUUCCAGCAUUUCACAAUACUUGUAGAGAGGAUGUAACGGUAGCUCAUUGACUGCCAUUGACAAUGAUAGAUGAAUCAGAUUUUCUUUCAAAAGUAAUGUUUUUACAUUGACCACACCAUCACUUUGAAAUGAUAUUACUUAAAAUACAAUCAACAACCUUUCCACUGUUCGGACGGCUUUCUAACAUAAAAUGCUGUUUUAAACGUAUUCACUGCCAAUUGAUGGCUGUAGUUGGCCCAUCCAUUUGGACCUGGAAGGCUGAUAGCUGUAAAUGGCACUGAGAGAUGUUCAUGUAAUUAUGCCCUCACAGGUCAAAUGAAUUAGACAUCUAUCGUUGUCGAUGGCAGUGAAUGAGUUAAUGGGUGAUUAUUCUGUAUAAUUUGAUUGAAUGCAAUUUUGUAUGUUGUACAAAAAGUAGACUGAAGACGAAGUUGUGAUUACGGCCCUCUGCUUUUGAGAAUAUUUGAAUAUGAAGCUAAUGCAUUCAUAAUGUGUGUUACUAUUAAACACUUGCUCUUGCUUGAUAGGCCUUCAUGAUAAUGAAUUUCAUAAGGCCCUAAAUGGAUAUCUCCAUUCAGCCCGGGUAACCUUGAAUAAUGUAGUGGACCUUCUGAUACUGUCAUCAGUGUGUGGAUAAGCAGUUUUCUCCUCACCUUUAAAAGCGCACACCAUCAUCACUGAAUGAAGUAAAACUGGAAAAUGUGCUUUAACCAGGUGCUAUGUGAACCAAACCCAUUUAGAUUUAAAAUCAUAUGCCACUGAAUACUAAACUAGACAUGAGUACAUGAAUUUAACACAUGGAGGCUUUUUUUUUAAGCAGAGGUGGGUAGUAAUGCGUUAGGUUUAAUCAGUUACAUUUACUUGAGUAACUUAGAAAAAUGUAAGAUUAGUUUUGAGUGAUUUGAUGUUUUUUGCCAGACAGGCCCACAGUCGUUCUACCAGUUUUACUAAUGAGACGUCACAGCAAUCCUGACUCCAUCAUACCAUUCAGACGUAACAAUAGUCACAUGACCACACACAAACAUGCAGUCGAAAGUCCUAUGAUCAUGUCUGUCUGUUCAAUUAUGUGGCGUCUUUAUUAAAGCACCGUAGGGGGG